GAUCCGGAUGAGCCACGAUAUUGUAUCUGCAACGACGUGAGCUGGGGGACGAUGAUUGCGUGCGAGAACGACGAUUGCGAAAAGGAGUGGUUUCAUCUACCAUGUGUCGGCCUCGAGCAAAUUCCUCCAAGGAGGAUCAAAUGGUACUGUCCGGACUGU